AUGGCAGUACCUCAAACUAUUAUUGGACCACGCCCUACUGUAUCAGAUUCAUGUUCUACUAUUACACAUUAUUUAUCACAAUAUAUAGUUGAGGAUGAUGUUCAAUUUGCUAAAAAAGCUAUUGAAUCAUUAAUAAAAAAAUUAAAAGAUAAAAAACCUGAAUUAGAGCAAUUUCUAACGGCUAUAUGUUCAAAAGGUGGGACCCCUACAAGUUGUAUAACAAUUCCAAGAACAUUAGAUGGUAGAUUACAAGUAGCCGGAAGAAAAGGAUUUCCACAUGCAGUAUAUGCAAGAGCUUUUAGAUGGAAAGAUCUUUAUAAAAAUGAAUUGCGCGGAAAAUCAGGAUGUGAACAUUCUUUUGAUCGUAAAAGUGAUUUAGUUUGUGUUAAUCCAUAUCAUUAUGAUAGAAUUGUUGCACAAACAUUUGAUGGUGAUUCAAAUAUUGUUUCAUCCAUCUAUUGUAAUGGUAAGAAAAGUACAGAUUCCCAACAUCAACGUAGGCAUACAAUUUCUACUCUUUCACAGAAUAAUUUUAUGCGCAAUCUACCUAAAAGUCAGGCACAAAAUAUUUCUAAUGUGUCAUCUUUACCUCAGUGUAGUAUAGCUUCACCAAUAACAUCAUAUGUAAAUUGCGAUAUUGCGACCCCUUCUAAUAUUGGUAUUUCCACAAAUUUUGGAUCUGUACCAUCUAGUCUUUCAGACUUUAAUUUGCUUUCACCAGCAAAUAAUAUUGAUGUCCACAAUUUAAAUUCAAUUUUGGUAAACACAAGUAUACCUAACGCCCAGGCAAAUAAUGCAAUUACUAAUCUCGUUAAUACUAGUACAUUUCAAACUUCUCCUCUUCCAGGAAUUAAUUUAUUGUCUUCUUCAAAUCCAAUAAAUUUAGUUACUUCAGCGACUAAUGAAUUAAAUUUUGCAAAUUCAUUAAUGUCAUCACAAAACUUAAUUUCACGAAUUCCAAAUGUUUCACAAUCAAAUCAUUUAAAUUCUCAACAACGUAUUGAUCAUCGGCUAAUGCCUUUUUUUUCUUUACAAAAUAUUGAAACUGAUGAAAAUUCUUCUAAAACUCCAAGUCAAUCAUUAAAUUCAGAUUCAAACUCACCAUUAAAUAUUGAUUCUUUAUCAUCUCCAUCAUUGUCAAAUAUUUAUGAAUCAGCAGCAAAUAGAAUUGAUUCUAACUUUCGUACUAACAAUUUAGAAGAAGGGGAAUCAUUAAAUGAUAGUAAUAUUAACUUUGAAGAUACUAUUAAUAGAGUUGCAAAUAUGCAAUUUAAUGUUAAUUCACAAUCAUCUACAAGAGGUAUCCCACAAGAAGAGUUAAAUUUUAUAAAUGCUACUAAUAUUGGUCAUAUAAAUAAUAUUAUUGAACGCCUAAAGACUGUUCAAUAUAAUAAACUUAUAGAAGAGUACAGUAAACCAUCCUGGUGUACAUUAAAAUAUUAUGAAAGAACAAAGUGGAUUGGUGAAAAUUUUUAUGUUCGAAAGGAUGUUGUUAGAAUAAGAGGUUCAAAAAAUGCUAUUGAAGAGUUACUUGAGGGGUCUCCUAUUAAAAGAGCUAAAUAUGAUUGUCAAAUUUUUGAUGUUUCAAGGUAUUUUACUCAAUAUCCAGUAGCAAUAGAUAGUGUAAUCAAAGGAAGACGUUAUGUAAUGGAAGGUUGUUAUUUAAUUUAUCAUCAAAAUGGUGAUGUUUGGGUUGAAGUAGCUGGACUUGAAUUUGACAAUGGAAUGAGCCAUUGUAUAUGUACCGGUGGACCUGUUAAAGUUUUUGAUUUACAAAUGUGUAUAAAUAAAGCUCAAGAGGGAUAUAAUCACUCUGUGUUAAUGAAAUAUGAAAAAGAUAGAACUGUUACUCCAGAGGUAUCUUAUUUAUUAAUACCAAAGAAAAGAACUGAUAUUGAUUCUUUGGAUUGUUCUGAAAUUUUAAAAUCUGCCUUGCGAAUGUGCUUUUUAAGAUUUUCAUUUACCAGCCCAUGGGAUCAACAUGAUAAAAUUGUUAAUAAAAUUAGUGACACAGCAUGUUGGAUUGAAGCUCGAUUUGAUAAGGCUUUCAAUUAUCUUAAUCAAUUAUUUGAAGCAUAUAAAGGUGAGAUUAAAUUUAGAGAAACUAUCCCUGAACCUGACAAAACUCGUCGUGAAGGUGACAAUGACUUUACAAAUGAAACUAUUGAAGAACGAAAUUGUGAAAAUAUUGAAAAUGAUAGGUGUAAUCAAGGUCAAAGUAAUGAAGAAUCUCAAACUGAUAUGAAUGAAAAGAUGAAUUAUAAUGUUGAUGAUAUUUCUAAAAAUCAAAAUAUUGUUGUAACAGAAUAUUCUGGUGAAGACAAUGCAUCAAACCAUUCGAUUGCGGAUUAA